AUGGUCUCCACGGCGGCAUCACCCGUCGCGGGCAUCCCUGCUGCCGAUAUCGAGUCCUUCCAGAAACACCUCCAGUCCUCCAACCGCAUCCUGGCACUACUGGGAGCAGGCCUCUCAGCUUCGUCCGGCCUCCCCACCUUCCGCGGAGCCGGUGGAAUCUGGCGCACCCAUGAUGCCACCACCCUAGCUACCGUCGAAGCCUUCGAGGCAGAUCCAGGGCUCGUGUGGCAAUUCUACUCGUACCGCAGGCACAUGGCCCUCAAGGCCAAGCCGAACCGCGCCCACCUCGCCCUGGCCGAGCUAGCCAAGAAGAAGCCAAACUUCCAGACUUUAAGCCAAAACGUCGACGGCCUAUCCCAACGCGCCGGCCACCCGCGCUCGCAACUGCACCUCCUCCACGGCAACCUCUUCGACGUAAAAUGCAGCUCCUUCUUCUGCCGCCACGUCCAGCACGACAACUUCGCCGACCCCAUCGUCCCCGCCCUCGCCAUCCCCACCAACCGCAGCCGCAGCGCCAGCCCAGCCCAGGACCAGGACCCCUCAGACCCCAGCACCGCCCUCCCGGAGCUCCGCCUGCAAGACCUCCCCCACUGCCCGUCCUGCACGCACGGCCUGCUCCGGCCCGGCGUCGUGUGGUUCGGCGAGGCGCUCCCCAAGGCCACGAUGGCGCGGGUCGACGGCUUCAUCGACGCGGCCGACCGCAUCGACCUCGUCAUGGUCAUCGGCACCAGCUCGACCGUCUACCCCGCCGCGGCCUACGCCGAGCGCGCGCGCGCAAAGGGCGCCCGCGUCGCCGUCGUCAACACGGAGCGCACGGACGCGGUGAGGGGCGAGGAAGGGGAUUGGUUCUUCCAGGGGGACGCGGGCGUCGUGGUGCCCGAGCUGUUGAGGGGGGUGGUCGGGGAGGUGGGGGAGUUUGAGGAGGAGGGGGAGGAGGAGGGGGGGUUGUGA